GGUCCUUGCGAGCUCGCGCACGCCUCCCCUCGCAGUUCUGGGCUGUGGUGGCCUCUUCCUCUUGCGUUUGGGGCAGGACCCUGAGCGGUGGCCGCGGCGAGAGCUGGGAGCCAGCGUCCACUUCGCCGCCACCGCCUUCACUGCCUGCCUCUCUGACUUGUGCUCUUCGCGCAGUGCCGAGGCGACGGUCUGGGAAGGGAGCGGCGUCGGCGUCAGGUUCCCAGCUGAUGGGCAACCCCUGGGCUCGCUGAGGGGCCGGGCUACCAGCAGCUAAGAAAAUGAUGCAUCCUGUUGCCAGCAGUAAUCCGGCUUUCUGUGGGCCUGGCAAGCCUUCCUGCCUCAAUGAAGAUGCCAUGAGAGCUGCUGAUCAGUUUGACAUAUAUUCCUCCCAGCAAAGCAAAUAUAGCCACACGGUCAGCCACAAACCAAUGGCUUGUCAGAGGCAAGACCCAUUAAAUGAAACACACUUGCAGACUACAAGUGGCAGAAGUCUAGAGAUAAAAGAUGAACUAAAGAAAAAGAAAAAUCUCAACCGAUCUGGUAAACGUGGCCGACCUUCAGGAACCACCAAAUCAGCAGGAUACCGUACCAGCACAGGCCGACCCCUGGGAACCACCAAAGCAGCUGGAUUUAAGACAAGUCCAGGCAGACCUCUGGGUACAACUAAAGCUGCCGGAUACAAAGUCAGCCCAGGGAGACCUCCAGGUAGCAUUAAAGCUCUAUCCCGUCUUGCCGAUCUUGGUUAUGGCUGUGGCACUGCUGCUUUUCCUUACCCUAUGAUACAUGGCAGAGCAGUUCAUGGGGUAGAGGAAACCAGCAGCGAAGUCAAGCCACCCAAUGAGUGAAUGAGGCAGGAAAGGAGGGCCAGGUUUAGAAGGAAUAUUGUGAAUAAUCCCAAAGCUUCUUGGUUUUAUUUUGACAUAGAUGAUUUUGGGGCCUGGGCUUUCCAAAUUUGUUUUCCUGUUUUAUUUGUUUUCCUGGUUUUGCUCAGAAACUGCCAUAUGCUGACAGAUGCACUCAGGGCAUGAGCAGUGGCGUUGUAUUUGUAUAUAGGUUCAAGUGUAAUACCUAACUAAGUCAUUUUUGCUUUUCCUUUAGAGUUCUGGUUGUGUCUCAUAUUUCAUUACUCCUUUUGGGCCAUUCUAAAUAAAUGCUUUAUGUGCUAAACAACUGAAACCAUUAUACCUACUAGUUUGUGAAGUAAGCCUACAAUAUAAUAAAGAUAAUAUCCAAGGUAUUUUUAACUGAUGGAACAAAGCAAACUAAUGAUUCAGGAUUACUUGAGGUAAUGGCUGUGAGUUUUUGUAACAUUUAUUUUCAUGAGACAGGACACAGAUAUUUGUAUGCUUUGGCAUUUCCAUAGACUUCAGACGUUAACAAUCUUUCAAUGUUCUAGGUUUAAGCAGCAGAAGCUUAUUUAUUUUAUUUUAUUGAUUUACAUGGUAUUAAUUGAUUUAACCAUUAUUCCUAAAAGAAUUCUUGUGUUUGCCUUUCAACAUUGAUACAUUAUGUAUCUUUAAUUGUCUGAGAGCAUAUAUACCAAACACUACAGGCAAUUCAUAUUUACAGAAAAAUUAAACAUUUUAAGAAAAACUGCACAUUACAUUUCUGGUGAAAUAUGCGUUCUGAGAAUAGCAUACUUAAUAUAAUAGAAAAAAAUAUUCUUAAGGUCUGCAUGUAGCUGUAGUCACUACAUUUUGCCUUUAAAUAUUUAGUUUUAAAGCAUUAUACUUAAAACAUUUAUUAAUGUUGUUCAUUUAUUCAAAAAUUUUUUAGUUUUUUCCUGAGAAAUUGUCCCAUUGCAUUAGCACUUACUGUGGUUUCAGGUUUAUAUCUACCAAAGGACACAAAUUGAAUGGUAGAGUCUAAAACUGGUAUAAACAAAAUGCAAUUGUCUAUCAGAACCCAAAUAUUAAGAAAUAUAUAGGAAUCCAUCUAUGCAUGAAUCAUGUAGAAAUAUGUUGAGUAGUUUAAUUAAAAAUCUAAUUGUGGCUCCAGUGGGACCACUUCAUCCAAAAGAAAAUCUUUUCCAGCAAUGUUUGCUUUAGAAGUAAGAUAGCAAAGAAAAAGUAUUGUGUAGAUGUGUAUGAUAGGGACAGAGAGAAAUCACUCUUCUCCCCUUUCUGAAAGUGAUAGUCUUUGUUAAUACACAUUUUAUUUAUUCUGAGUUUUUUCUAAAUAAACUAUUACAAACUUUGGAUUUGAAAAAAGAAAACUCCACUCAAAUUGUGGAAUUUUAAAUGCCGUUGAGAUUCUAGUGUAGAUUUGCAGGACCCAAAAACUUUUUAAAUAACUAAAAUUUUAAAAGGGCAUACAUUGUGUUAUUUGGGCUUGCUCUCAGUUAAUGCAAACUCUCAUUGCAAAUGGAUGUCAUGUUUCGUUCCUUUUCAUCAGGAAAAAAGCAGCAAGCUUUCAGGUGUUCCAGUGAUACCUGACACAAUGAGCUGGACUAACGCUGCUCUUUACAGUAAGAGGUGUUACAUUGUACAUGGGGACUGUGUUUCCACUGGCAUCUAAGACAGUGACCUCAACAAUUUUAGCUUUGCACAAACUAUAGAGAACAAUAUUGGAUGACUAUAUAAUCGGUUGUAACAUUCUGGCAGCUAAAUUGCUACAAGAGUUUCUCUUUGCAGAAGCUUAAAAUAUAAAACUUUGAAUAAUUUACUCAGAACAGUAUAACUUCUGACACACGCAAAUGCUUACAUCUUUAUUCAUAUGUUUAUCCACUUUUGAUAUAUAUCUGUCAUUUAACUGUUUCUCAAGUUGUUGUUCAGCCCAUGGUGACUUAGAAAUCCUCUGAGUUCCUGAAAACAGUUGUUUCAUUAAAUGUUCUAUGGUAGGGUAAUAUAGAUCACUGUCAAGGAUUUGGUUGACUUGUUUUAUACUGUCUGUUUGACAAUUCCCUUUCAGUUUAUUUUCAUUCCUGAUUUUGUUGUACAUACCCUUCCCUUUCUCUUGCCUUUGCUUCAUUCAUUCAUUGCCCUGCCUCUUUCCCCAUCCUCCAGCACAUCUACUCAGUGGUGCUGUGCUGUGUGUCAGAAGAUAAAGCAGGUGUAUUAUUGUAUAAUGAAUUUUGUAUACAUGUUAAUGAAAUGGUGAAAUCAGCUAAAGGAAUUCUGUUCAUAACAGUGUUUAUUAAUAUCAGGAGCUAUGUCCCAGGAAAAAAAGGGGGCAAAUGGCUACAGUUGUGAAUGGUAACAUUGUUUAGAGAGCUGAAUUUUCUGUUCAUGUAAACAUUUACCUGGAGUAUUAGAUCUGUAUGAUGGUGAGCAUCUCCUGAUUCCACUUCCUUUUCUCCUUGUGAACAGUUUAUUGGUGCCAUGCUGAAGAGAAAGACAUCUAAGUGAUAACAUGAAGUCUUAAAAUAUAAAAUAUUUUUACUUCUCUA